AUGGAGGCCACAAUCAACCACCUGUACAACCAUCAUUCGAAGAGCAACAGCUCAUUGCACAUGAGCGGAGACGAUCAUGAGCUUUCGAGGGGCUACUUGAUGGCAUCAACAAUCAUUGCAAUCCUGUUUGCACUCUUUUCCUACUUCAAGAAGUCUUCCAAAUCUACUUCACUACCAUGGGUAAAUCAACCUGGGGUUUUCGACAUUUUUCGAAUGAAAGCCAAAUACAGGUUUCUCAUGGGAGCCAGAGACAUGGUGCUCCAGGGAUUCGCGGACUUCCCUGACAGCGCCGGCUUCCGGAUGGUUGCUGAUGGUGGUGAAAUUGUGAUGCUCGCGCCAAAAUAUGCGGCUGAGCUGAAAAAUGACCAUAGAGUCGACUUUGUGAAGCUGUUUCUACAGGACUUCCACGAGGGGAUACCGGGCUUUGACUUUACCCAGCAAGGUGCUCGGGACGCAAAGAUACUGCGAGAAGUAACUAAAAGCCAGUUGACACAUCACUUGAGCAAGAUCACCGACUCACUAUCGUCCGAGUGCACGGCCUCGAUGCAAAGAAUAUUCACAGACAAUGAAGAAUACCAUGAUGUCGAACUUAGAUCUUCGCUUCUUGAUCUUAUUUCACGGAUAUCAUCGAAGGCCUUCCUCGGCGGCGAUCCUUUGUAUCAAAAUGAGGAUUGGCUCAAAAUCACCACCACGUACGCUGGAACAGUCAAUCGUGCAGCAGUGAUGCUCCGACUGUGGCCACACGCGCUUCGUCCUUUGGUGCACUGGGUGCUCCCGUCCUGUCGUGAAGCGCGCACUCAGGUCCGCCUGGCUCGCCGAUUAUUCGAGCCAAUGGUUGAGCGAAGACGCCGAGCCAAGGCAGAAGACCCGAACGUCGUGUUUGAUGACACUGUCGAGUGGGCUGAAAAGGCUGCGAAAGGCAUGCCGUAUGAUGCAUCUGCUGUUCAACUUUUGUUUUCCAUGGCCGCUAUGCACACCACCACAGACCUCCUUACUCAAGUCAUUCUCGAUCUGGCAGCUCAUCCUGAGAUGCUUGAUCCUCUGCGUAAAGAGAUUGAGACGGUGCUCAGCGAGGAAGGCGGAUGGACCAAAGCAGCACUACACAGGAUGAAGCUCCUCGAUAGUGUUUUGAAGGAGUGCCAGAGAAUGAAACCAGCAGCCAUUAGCGGCCUGCGGGGAAUUUUGAAUACGGACGUUACGCUAUCUGAUGGACUCCGUCUCGCCGAGGGAACGUCCAUCGCUGUAUCAUCCCAUCUGCACUGGGACGAGAAGAUCUACAAAGACCCGCAUGAAUGGGAUGGCUGGCGUUUUUACAAUCUACGCCAGGUGCCUGGAAUGGAGCAUCGGUCCCAGCUAGUCUCAUCGACCUCACCCGAGCACAUGGGAUUUGGUAUUGGAACACACGCGUGCCCUGGCCGUUUCUUUGGGGCGCACGAGGUUAAAGUGGCUCUAUGCCAUUUUGUCUUGAACUACGACUGGAAGCUCAGUGAAGGCACUGUGCCGCAGACUCGGACCUUCAUGUGGUCCCUUAUGUUCAUUUCUACUCUGCACGAGCGCGGUGCUUUGCUUCUUUUCAUCGCCGUCAUCUUUUCUGCCUCUUACAUCUACCCUCGGCUGCGUGUUAGACAAAGACUUAAGCAGAUUCCUUUGAUGGGAGAAGAGCUUGGGGGCUACUAUAAGCGCCGCAACGAGUUCUUGAGGGAUCCCAUGAGAUUCUACUGGGAAGGUUAUCAGAGGUGCAAGAACAAGUGUUUCCGCGUGACACACUAUGAAGGUGAACGGAUUGUUCUGCCAGGAGCGGCGCUGGACGAGCUCUGGAAUAUGUCGGAAGCUGUCCUCAAUAAAAAUAAAGCAUAUGAUCAGAGGGUACUCAGACAGUACACGGGUUUGCCAUCCGGCAACCCCUUUCUGGUGCACUGCAUCCGCUCAGACCUAACCAGAAAUCUCAAACGCAUCAACCACCAUCUGGUCUCCGAGGUUGAGAAGACCGUCGAUGAGGUCAUUGGCCCAUGCGAAGAAUGGACCUCCCACCCGAUCUAUCGGACUUCACUCCGGAUCGUUGCCAUCGUCUCCGGUUCUGUCUACGUCGGGCCAGACGUAUGCCGCAACGAACAGUUCAUCCAUGAUAGCAUUCACUUCACAGAAAAUGUCUUGGCUGCUGUUCACAUGCUUCAGAUGUAUCCGGGUUGGAUGCGCCCAAUCGCCCGGUUCCUCAAGCGUGAGCGAACCCAACUAGCCAAGUCAUGGAACCACCUGAAGGCCUCAAAAAGGCUUGUGGUGCCAAUUAUUCAACAGCGACGUGAAGAGGUCCAGGCCGGCCGUGCUUCCUACGACGACAUGCUCGCCUGGAUGAUGGCGAAGCAAGGUGAGUGGAAGCAGACCGACGACGAUGUAGCCGGCUCCAUGGUUCAACUCGGUGUUGCCUCGACUCACAAUACAUCUUCGACGAUUGCUCAAACGCUGUUCCAGUUGGCCAUUCGUCCAGAGCUGGUCGAGGAGCUUCGCGAAGAAGCACAGAGGGUCUGCGACCAGUUUGACGAACAGCUGAGUCCUGUUGCCCUGCACGAGUUGAAGCUCCUCGACAGCGUCAUGAAAGAGGCUCAGCGACUUAACCCCACAACACCUUCCCAUUUCCACCGUGUUGUUGAGAGGGACAUCACCCUUAAAGACGGCACUCUCAUCCCUCAGGGCAUCACGGUGGAAGCCAUCUUUGCGCCGCCCUUGUUCGACCCGGUCCUCUUCCCCAACCCACAAGAGUUUGAUCCAUAUCGCUUCCUCAAGCUUCGCAGAGGAGAGACUCCGGACCCCAAUCACUACAAGAACAAGGAGCAGUAUACGUUCAGCCAUGCGACCAAAGAGAACCUGGCAUGGGGCUAUGGAGCUCAUGUUUGCCCUGGCCGCUACUUUGCUAACAAUGAAAUCAAGUUGAUUUUGGCGCGUAUGCUUUUGCGUUACGACAUCCGAAUGCCUGGGGGAGUUAAAGAGGUGAUGAAGCCUCAGAGGGGCGGUAUGGGAUGGACUCCUGAUUUGCGAAAGCCGAUUGAGUUCCGCGCCAUCAGGAGAUAG